UUUCGCGGACAUAUUUUGGAAGGAAUAAAUCCUCUCGCUUUGCCUCUUCCUCUCUGUCGAUACUCCGCAUUCAGACGUAAAGUGAAAAGUAUGCAAGCGUUUUAUGAUACUUCGAUGUGCAUGAGAUUUGCAUCCGGUCAUGUAAAAUUGUAAUUAUAGAGUGACAAUGACUGUAGAAAAUAGUCAGCCAGAUUCGUUCUCGAUCAGUAGUUUAGCUAGCUAACCAGUUAAGCUUGUUUUAUAAACCUCAACACACUGCGUCUGGUUUCGAAUAGCGAUUCAUACAGUGUUAUAGAUGUGCAGUAGCAACAAGGAUCGUGUGAGAUGGGCUUUAAAGAACAUUAUUUAACUUUGAAUCAAAUCUAAGUGAAAGACAAGCAGACAAAACGGAUGUGUAUACAAUAGCACAGCAGACUUCGUUGGUUUUCAGCUUUUGGUUUUACCCGCACCCCUUUCGUUUGGUAUACAAAACACAGAGAAAAUGGCGGAAUUUGAGGACGAAGCACUGCCCCGAACAAUGCAGGGGAACCGAGAUGAAGAGGAGCCCCAAGAUACCGAUGACUAAGCCAAUCAAGAUGCAAUACAACCCAAGUUUCGAGGAAAAGCACAUUGAAGAGGCAGAGGAGAUGGACACCUCAGAAGACCUGCAAGAUGACAACCUGAUCGAGCAGGAACACUUCCACAGUUCUAAUAAUGAGCAGCAAGAUGGACAUUUGGCAGUUAGGAGGAACGUAAUAUUAGAACGAACUAAAUUCAACCAAAGACAACAGGAAGCAGGAGAGACAGCUGAUGAUUUUAUCACUGCACUUCAUUGUUUGUCAGAACAUUGUGGUUAUGGAGCUCUGCUCAGUGAGAUGAUAAGAAAUAGACUAGUCAUGGGGUUACGUGACAGAAGACUGUCCGAGCAAUUACAAAUGGACCCAGAACUAACACUGGAUAAAGCUGUCACACGCAUUCGUCAAACUGAACUUGUGAAAAAGCAACAGGACCUGCCGGAGAAUAACUUCAAAGUUGCCAGCAGUACAGCAAAUGUAGACGUUGUGCUUUCACAUAGCAAACCGCAAUGCCCAGCCAAUACCCAGUGCCAAUCAGAGAAGAAGCAAAACUCAGAAAGACCACAACCUCAAACAACGCAGGAGAAUGGAGAGGAGCCCCUAGAUACUGAUGACUCUGAUGAGUGGAUCGAGGGUUUCAGUCCUGGAGGAGAGAAGCCACACUACUGCUCCGACUGCAGUAAGAGCUUUAGAAAAGUGAGGGAUCUUAUAAGACACCAGAGAUCACAUACUGGAGAGAAGCCUCACCACUGCCCUGUUUGCGACAGAAAUUUUGCUCGAUUAGAUAAGCUUAAAUUACACAAAAAAAUGCAUAUGAAAGAGAAACAUGUCACACAGACAGAAGAAACUAAACUGAAGGUAGACCGUGUGCACACACAGCAAAGAACCGCCAGCAGAGGCAGGCAGAAGAGUAAAAUGCGUGCAGAAACACCAGGAAAAAUUGUCCAGUCACAGCCAGGAAAAGAAUUGUCUUGCAAAAGUUUAACUAGAAAGACUCAACACUCAGAAAAACUGCAACAACCCCAAACAAUGCAGGAGAAUGAAGAGGAUCCUGAAGAUACUUCUGAUGACUGGACCGAGAGUUUCAGUACUGUAGAGAAGCCAUACAUCUGCUCCGACUGUGGUAAGAGCUUCAAACAAGCGAAUCGUCUUAUAAGACAUCAACGAACACAUACAGGAGAGAAGCCUUACGACUGCCCUGACUGUGACAAAAGUUUUGCUCGAUUAGAUAAUCUUAAAUUACACCAAAAAACACAUAUGAAGGAGGAAUGUAAUUUCCACUGCUCUGACUGUGUGAAAAGCUURGUCCGACUGAAGCAGCUUGAAAAACAUCAGCUAACACACAAGAAAAGUUUUGAAAGACACAGAAUACAUUUGAGCAAAAGAAAACAAUUUCUCUGCACAAUUUGCGGGAAGGAGUGUCGCAACAUGAAAAUACACAUGCGAAUACACACUGGAGAGACACCGUAUCUCUGCACUGAGUGUGGGAAGAGUUUUCCAUAUACAAAAUCAUACCAAAGACACAUACUAACACAUACCUCUGGAGAAAGAGCAACCUAUCCUUGUUUGGAAUGUGGAAAGUGUUUUACUCGCAGAGAUGGCAUGUUGAGACACGUGAGGAGGAUUCAUACUGGAGAGAGAAAUCAUCAGUGCAGAGACUGUGGAAAGAGAUUCUUUCGAAAAGAGACACUGAAGAGACACAUGCUAGUUCACACUGGAGAGAAACCAUACCAAUGCUCUAUCUGUGGUCAACCCUUCUCCCAAGAUGGAGACAGAAAACGCCACGAGAAGAGGCACUACUCUGGUGUCUCAGAUUUCCUCGAUUUAUAAUGCAGAGGUGGUGGAGGUACAGUAGCCUAGUGGUUAAGAGCAUUGGGCUAGUAACCGAAAGGUUGCUGGUUCAAAUCCCCGAACUUACUAGGUGAAGAAUCUGUCGGUGCCCUUGGGUUAGGCACUUAUUGCUCCUGUAAAUCGCCUUGAAUAAGAGUGCUAAAUGACUAAAAUGUCAUGUAAAAUGUGUUUGGCAUUGCAGGAAGUGGGAACCUACCUAAUCACUGUGACUUGAUAAUCUAAUAAUCUGUUAACUACAAUGUUGGUGGCCUGGAAUUGUCACCACAGAUUAUUGAAGAGACUCACAAGACAGUCUGUUGCUGAUAUAUUACUGUCUUCAUAGCAGUAUUUAUUGUUUUCAAAAGUUGGUUAUUUUAAAUCAAGGGUGGUUCAGGGAACCGGACUUAAAAUAUGGAAAAUAACUACAUUAUUUGAGUAACACUAACCGAAAUCUAAAGUGAUCUAUACUGUUCCGGAACAGAACCAUUAUUUAAAAAGCAUGGGAACCGGUUAAUAACAUUAUUUAAAGUU